UCCACUAUCAACGACAUGCUAGCAGCACAAUGCUAACAGCAGCAACACAGUAAACGACAUCUAUACGGUGUCUUUCAGGAGGCGUAGAAGGCAGAAACGUGCCAAUCAUGUAAUUAUGUCAUCCCGCCAUUCUGACUUUGAAGCCCGACUCUGACUUCGACCAUGCCGAAGAUGAAACUACCGAUGAAAACGAGCGACGAAACGCCAGAUGAAAAUCCAUUGGAUGGUUUACCAGGAGCCCAACAAGUAGAUCCGGCCCAGCUGGACAAGGAGACGAUCUAUGAGUGGUUCGGCCUUCAUCUCAACCCGGCCAAGCGGGUGGAGUUCAUGUGCGGCUUGAUGCACAUGUGCCAGCCCCUGGAGCUCCGCUUUUUAGGCUCCUACUUGGAGGACCUAGCCCGGAAAGACUAUCAUGUUUUGCGGGAUUUUGAAUUUCGUGCGAACAACCAGCAAGAGUUGGGCGUCUUAACGGACGUGUUGGACUCGGUGGUGAGGGCGAAAUUACUGGUUUGUUUGUCGCUGCUCGGGUCUGACAGUAGGGAAUGCGCUGGGGUACUCUUCCGCAUACUGAGCCAUGUAGACCCGGGCUUGUUCUGCAAGAACUACCCCCUUCCUCCGUUCAUGGACCCUCACCACCACUCCUUGCGCCCGGCGUGCCAGGACGGGAGUACGUGCCGGGGGAAGGAGCAAACCUGUGGAUUUUCGACGACCGACAUCCCCGCCGGACCGUUGAACCAGUUAGCGCUGCUUUUCACUAUGGCGUCUCUUCACCCGGCUUUCCACUUCCACCAGCGGGAGACGCUUCGGGAGAAGCUCGAUCAAAUUGAGCUUGUGAUAGAAGUGGAGGGACGUCAUCUUGCUUUAAACGCAAAACCCAUGGAGCUGUCGGGCCAGAAAGGUGAUUAUCUGGCAUCUUCACCUCUGACUUUGGGAGAAUGUGCAGACUCCCAUCCUCCUUGUCAAAACCGACGCUCCAGGCGCCGGGCGAUAAAAAGAGAAGCAGUGCAUAUAGAGGGAAUUGUGCUCAAGUGCAUCUCUAGGGCCAGAAUGGACAAGGAAUAUACCUUUGAGGUAAAGUGGUCCGACUCUUCCUCUAGUAACGUGACCAAGACUCAUCUGGAACUGGAAAAUUUUCUUUUUAAGCUUCCUAAAGAUCAGUGCACUGAGACCUUUGAGAAGGGCCUCCUGAGACUUUUGAGCCAUGGGGACUAUUACGAGAGCAGAGAAGUCGAGGAAAGCCUCAGGGAAAAGUUCCUUGCUGCCCCUCCAGUUUUCAGACAGGCCAGAAAGGUGUGCAGCUUCUUCAACUGUGACUCCAGUUACUCUACAAAACUUUCUUGCUGCCGAUGCAACUCCCAGCUGGGGAAAAACUUCCAAGGAAAUAUUUCUGACGCCUCCAGUCAGGAUGAAGAAUCAUACAGCCAGAGAGACAAGAAGAAGCAUGGAACCAAGAGUACCAGUCAAUGUCCGUCUUGUGCAAAAGGCCCUCGGGGAGACGGUCGAAGGGGGCCUCAUGUUGCCGAGCUCAGCGUUCCAGCAGAAAGGAGGAAGAGAAGCUGCACCUUGAGGAGCACGCUGGAGUGUGAACAGGACACACAGAGAAGCCAUCCAGUCACUAAGACUAAGAACAGAGUCCUGCCCACUGACAGAAACGCUUCAAAGGGCUUUUGUCUGACCAAUGGUAAUCUACUACCAGCUGGGUUGUCUCAAAACAAAGGUUUGGUUGCAGUUGACGGUUCUGGUCUGGACACAUUUGGUGAAACUUCAUCAGAGAGCUACAGCUCUCCGUCGAGUCCUCAACACAGAGGAGCUGAGAGCCUGGAAAGUGAGGAAGAUAAUAACAGAGAUACUGAUUGCCACUCUGAUGACUCCUGCAAACUACCUGGUCCUGACGUGUUCUUCGGCCAGCAGACCGAUCCAAGCGCAGUGGGGGAGUUGAUGUCUGACCCUCCUUUAGCGCCUCGCGACCAGAUGAUGAUGGAGAACACUCAGUUUUCCCGUCUUUCUUUAAUGCAUCCUCUGCCGUAUGUGCUCCCCAACGGCGCCUGUGACUCACUUGCAGUGCCUCCUCCGCCUCCCGGCCAAAGCCUUCUCCCAGAUGCAAAGCUACCUUCUGGUCCAGCGGCUGUGCAGAUGCCUCCCAUGGUUCCGGUGAUGCCGGGCCACGUGGAAACGGAGAAAAGGGACAUCAUCCCGACUUUUGGUUUCCAGCCUUUGGUCCAAAGGUUUAAAAUGUCUUCUUCCCAACCUCGUAGUGGUCCUGAUGGAGUGGCAGCGAGCACUUGCACGGCUGCAGCUAUCAGCGUCCCGUCUUCUCAGCUGCCUCAGGAUGCGGCCGCCGUCAAUCCAAACCUGACGUCCGCACUUCCUGUGGGAGACACUUCUCACAACAAACACGCCGGUUUAACUCUUCCAUCUGGUCUGCCUCCUGCUUACCCCCCUGCAGGUGCACCCGCAACCGCUGGACCUGUAUCCUCUACUGGACUUGUGCAAGCUGCUGUUCCUCCAGCUGUACCCACACGCGCCCCAGGCUCCGCCCCCAGCCCCAGCCCAGCACUUACGCACAGCGCGCCACACAGCGAGUGUCUGUCAUUCGGCAACACCAGCGCUUCCUGUGGCAAUCCCCUGGCUUUCCAACAAACUCACCAACAGCAGCAGCAGCUGAUUGGCUGCGGCACGUGCGGCUGCCACAACAACUGUGGCGGCCGGGGUGGCGUGAGCGGCUGCCAAGCGCCGCUCUUCUUUCCCAAUCAUCAAAUGGCGGCAGCAGCACGACAGGUCUUCAGUGUCCCGCCUCCUCUGUUCCAACUCACAAGCCUGUGCAUCAACAGCUACCUCACCCAGGGCCAGCAGCCGCCCCACCAGGCCAAUGGGGGCGCCUCCCUGCCCGCCUACUACGCCGCAGCCCCUCCCCCCAGCCAUCCCUACGGCCCCCUCCACUCGCAUUCUCACAGCCACGCCGACGUGCCGGCACACAUGCUGAGCACUCAGGUAGUGGCGGCCGCCAGCUACAACCUGCAGCAUCAGAUCACGCCGGCAGCAGCCUUUUUCCAGCGUGUUUACCAGCAGGUCUACCCAAGUCCUGUGGGGAUGCUGCCCCCUGCUGCUCUGGGGGGCGCAGGAGUUAACAAGAAGACUGGGAGCACGUCUUGUUGUAACUGUGGUGUGAGCGGACAUUAUGCUCAGGACUGUAAGCAGCCCUCCAUCGAAUCUACACAGCAAGGAAGGUUCCGGUUAAAGUACGCAUCUUCACAGCUGUCAGAGACACUCGACAACGCCUACUGAUGACAUGAAGAUGCUGUUGCCAUGACGACAACAAAGCUGAGGUUUUUGUGCCUGAAUCUUGUUGAUGAGCUUCAACCUACUUUCUCUUUUUGCACUGAGGCUGGGAAACAUUUAACUUAUUGUUGGGGACGCCAUUUUUAAAGGUCAUGUUUUAUGCUGUGUCGGCAUUAAUACUGCUUUGUGUGUUUGACGGGACUUGAAGGCAUCAUGUGAAGAACCUGUUUGAAGGAAACUAAUCAACGCUCAUUCAGAACACUUAAGUCAGUACACUGUGUACUAACUAGUGUGCACAUUUUGACAGAUGACUGUCAUUGUCUUGAAGUACACUUAAAUACCUAGGUUUAUCGCGUACUUAAGUUGCCGAGUGUGCAAAUGUCGACAGUUGAGUGCGGUUCCAAGUCUAUUACUCUUAUUGCACACUCGACCGUUGGAAAUAUUUACUUCGACUAGUUGCUCCUCAGCCGCCAUUGUGUCAAGUGAGCCCCCCCCCCCCCCUUCCACUACUAGGGUGCUAAGUGUCCAUCAAAAUGCACUCACCAUUUUAAGUGCAACAUCCUGGUAUUCUUCAGUGCACUGCAUUUUACUGUUCUUACUGCUCCAGUGUCCCGAGAGCAAGCACACUUCAAAGAUGAAGUGUAUUAAGUCAAGUAAUGCAUGAACUGCGACAUUAUUGCCUUCGAAGGCAGUUACUGUUUGCAACGUUUUGUUUUUGUUUUUAAUAUUCUAAGUGCACUAAAACGUUUGAACAUUUCAAGCAAGGCUUCACUCUGCUUUGAUGUACUGUAAAAAUACAUGUUUUCUUAGUCCAGUUCAGCUACCGUAUUUUCCGGAGUAUAAGUCGCACCGGCCGAAAAUGCAUAAUAAAGAAGGAAAAAAACAUAAGUCGCACUGGAGUAUAAGUCGCAUUUUUGGGGGAAAUUUAUUUGAUAAAACCCAACACCAAAAAUAGACAUUUGAAAGGCAAUUUAAAAUAAAGAAUAGUGAACAACAGGCUAAAUAAGUGUACGUUAUAUGACACAUAAAUAACCAACGGAGAACGUGCCUGGUAUGUUAACGUAACAUAUUAUGGUAAGAGUCAUUCAAAUAACUAUAACAUAUAGAACACGCUAUACGUUUACCAAACAAUCUGUCACUCCUAAUCGCUAAAUCCCAUGAAAUCUUAUAUGUCUAGUCUCUUACGUGAAUGAGCUAAAUAAUAUUAUUUGAUAUUUUACGGUAAUGUGUUAAUAAUUUCACACAUAAGUCGCUCCUGAGUAUAAGUCGCACCCCUGGCCAAACUAUGAAAAAAAACUGCGACUUAUAGUCCGAAAAAUACGGUAAAUUAAAAUCAGCCUGCUAUAAUUUAAUAUUGUUUUAUUAUUAAUAUUUGCUGUGAAUGACUUCAAUGACAAACUUUUCACUAAAAUAUCUUGAACUUGAAAGAUCAAAGCGUCUCAAAUGGUAAUACUUCUGUCUGUACACUUUGCUGAGUGUACUUCCUUGUUAUACUGUUAAAUAUUGUAAUUAUUACAUUUUUGAGACUCUUGUGGCAUACAAUUCAAGUCAUGUUGGCCCCCAAAGUCUUCCAGUGUAAGAACUGACUGAACAGACUUAUUAAACAAAUAUAUACAACUGAUACCAGUUGUAUCGAUACUAUUGAUAUCAUCCUGCUACUAACAGUGUGCUGCACUUGUGCACUGAAAAUACAGAAGUGUGCCAAUUAAGACAGCAACAUAAUUUUUUGUAUUCUUGGUAAGUCUCUAAAUCUAUAGCAUGCUGCAAAUAGAUCAGUGAAUCUUUUUAUGGAUUAAACUUGAUUAAAAUCACAGCAGCCAUGUCAUUGAAAUCGUGUUUUUUUAGGCUUGAGUGGGUUUAUGCCACACGUUAAAUGUCAUGGUUUCUAACACGCAGCCUGUUUUGGGUCGUGUGGAAGCUGGAGCCUAUCCCAGCUGCCUCCAGUUAGUCACAAGACGCAACUGAGCAGGACUUCAUCCCAGCCAUGUUAACCACCUGUGAUGUCCUGUCAAUCAUAUAAUCACACUCAUGGGUUAUUAUGAAGUGUACACAUACUGUAUGUACAUUCUUAUUUCCUGCUCAGUUGAAAUGUUUACUGUACUUUGAUACUGGAAGGUCUGACAUGUUUUUUAGCAGGAUUUGGAUUUUAUGCAAACUGUUUUCAUUUAAAUUAAAAGCAAU